AUGGACUCUCCUGCUUUCACCUCCCCCACUCCUGUGGCUUUGGAGGAGGGGAACAUCUCCACCAGCUGGGCAAGUUCCAUCCUGGGGAACCUAUCCACAACUGCCAGCCCGGGCAUGGAUGUCAGCGGAGUCCUCAUCCCCCUGGUCUACCUCAUUGUCUGCGUGGUUGGGCUAGUUGGGAACUCCCUGGUCAUCUAUGUGGUCCUGCGCCACUCGGUGAGCGAAUCGGUGACCAAUGUCUAUAUCCUCAACCUGGCGCUGGCGGAUGAGCUGUUCAUGCUGGGACUGCCCUUCCUGGCUGCACAGAACGCACUCUCCUACUGGCCCUUUGGCUCCUUCAUGUGCCGCCUGGUGAUGGCCGUGGAUGCCAUAAACCAGUUCACCAGCAUCUUCUGCCUGACUGUGAUGAGCGUCGACCGCUACCUGGCCGUGGUGCACCCAGGGAAAUCGUCAAAGUGGCGGACGGCCCGCGUGGCCAAGGCCGUUAGCGCCACGGUGUGGGUGCUGUCGUCAGUGGUGGUGCUGCCAGUGGUGGUGUUCUCGAACGUCCCCUUGGGGAUGAGCACCUGCCACAUCCAGUGGCCCGAGCCAGCCUCCAUGUGGAGAGCUGGCUUUAUCAUCUACACGGCCGCGCUGGGCUUCUUUGGGCCACUGCUGGUGAUCUGCCUCUGCUACCUGCUCAUCGUUGUCAAGGUCCGCUCUUCCGGCCGGAGGGUGCGGGCCCUUUCAUCCAAGCGCAAGCGGUCAGAGCGCAGGGUCACUCGCAUGGUGGUGGCCGUGGUGGCCGUCUUCGUGCUCUGCUGGCUUCCCUUCUACGUGCUCAACAUCAUCAACGUGGUCUGCCCAUUGCCCGAGGAGCCGUCUCUCUUCGGGGUCUACUUCCUCGUCGUGGUGCUCCCCUAUGCCAACAGCUGCGCCAACCCCAUCAUCUAUGGCUUCCUCUCCUACCGGUUCAAGCAGGGUUUCCGCAGGGCCAUCCUGAGGCCGUCCCGCCGGGUGCAGAGCCAGGAGGUGGUGGCUCGUCCCCCAGAGAAGACUGAAGAGGAGGAAGAGGAAGAGGAGGAGGAGGAAGCGGAGGACAGCGGGGUCAGCAAGAUUGCCCAGAAUGGCAAUGGCAGACAGGAGUGUCCCCUGAGCAGUGGAGCAGCAGGAGGCAGUGAGCAGAAGCCGCUCCCGGAGGAGCCCGGGAGCUGUGAUAAACCCAAUGCACUGCACAUCAGUUAUUUGUAG